CCACCGAGCUCACAGAGCACCCACCGCACGCCCGCCGCACGCCCGCCGCACGCCCGUCUCCCUCUCCCUCUCUCUCUCUCUCUCUCCCUCUCUCUCCACUGUAUUGUAGACAGGCAUUGUCUUCGGAGCCUGUCGUCCCACCGCCCACACUUCGCCUGCGAUGCUCCCAAGAGCAGCGUUCCGCGCGGCGCUGCGCAUCCGCCCUGCGCUGGCCGCUCCGCGCAUCGCGCCCAUCGCCUCCUCGCGGCAAUGGACGCGCUCCUACGCCAAGGUCGGGAAACCGAAGAGCCCCCAGAUGGCCGAUGAGACGGACAAGACGCGCCCAAACCCCGUCAACCCCGCCCAGCAGCCAGAGUUCACAGAGACGUCGAGCGCUCCCGCAGCCAACACAACGCCCACCUCCCACACACGGCCGCGCCCCGCGAGCGCCAAUGCGACAGUGAACAGGGCCUCCGAGCAGGCCCAGGGCGCGGAGGAGGAGCUGUCCGGCCCCAAGUCGCCCGCCGCGAACACAGACCCGACGACCGAGUCGGCCGACGCGCAACCGCAGGAGCCCCAGAAGCCGCUCCCCGACCUGCGCUUCGGCAUCCCCUCGACCUUCGCUGAAGAGGCGGACCGCAGGGCAAAGCGCGACCCCAACGACCCCAACGACCCCAACGCCCAUAACGGCCCCAACGCCUCCGCCGACGAGGCCGAGCAUCCCUCGUUUGGCGGCGCUGGCGGCCGCGAGCUGCCCAAGUCGGCCUACGAGACCAGCACCGACAGGCGGCGAAACCGCGUCGCCAACUGGGGAUACCUGGCCACGCUGCUCUUCGGCACAGUGGGCGCCGCCUACGCCGGCAGGCCGUGGGAGAGCGACGAGGAGGAAAAGGCCCACCCCGACAUCGCCAACGGCUGGACCCCCGGCCUGAUGUACGCCCGCGCCGCCGCACGCAUCAACGGACAGAAGGCCUACUACACCGAACCCACCUUCCAGAAGCUGCUGCCCGACAAGGACAAGAUCCCUGGCGGCGCGCCCGAGCUCACCCUCGUGCUCUCUCUCGAGGACCUGCUGCUGCACUCGGAAUGGAGCACCAAGCACGGCUAUCGUCUGGCAAAGCGCCCUGGCCUCGACUACUUCCUGCGCUACCUCAGCUCGCAGUACGAGCUCGUCAUCUUCACCUCGGUCAAGUCCAUGGACGCCGACCCCAUCAUCCGCAAGCUCGACCCCUUCCGUCUCGUCAUGUGGCCGCUGUUCCGUGAGGCGACUCGCUUCGAGAACGGCGAGUACAUCAAGGAUCUCUCCUACCUCAACCGCGACCCCUCCAAGGUCAUCGUGAUCGACACGGAUCCGUCGCACGUCAAGCUGCAGCCCGAGAACGCCAUCGUCCUGCCUAAAUGGAAGGGCGAGCCCGGCGACAAGGGCCUGGUUGCCAUGAUCCCCUUCCUCGAGUACCUUGCCAUGAUGUCGCAGACCGGCCAGCCCGUGGACGUCCGCAAGGUCCUCGAGUCGAUGAAGGGCAAGGACAUCCCCACCGAGUACGCGCGCCGCGAGGCCAAGCUGCGCGAAGCCUUCCAGCGCGACCUCGCCGAGCAGAAGAAGAAGAGCAAGGGCAGCGCCGGCGGCGUGUUCAUGAAGUCGCUCGGCCUCGAUGCAGCAAAGUCGCCAGGCAUGCAGCUGGGCGACCAGAACAUCAGCCAGGGCAUGAGCGAGGGCAAGAUGAUGAUCGACAUGUACCGCGACUUCAACAUCCAAAACUACCAGCACCUGGACAAGCAGAUCAGGGAGAACGGUGACCAGUGGCUGAAGGAGAUGGCUGAAGAGGAGAAGAAGAUGCAGGAGGCCGCUAUGAAGGAUAUGAAGGCUGGCGCUUUCAGCUGGCUUGGUGCUGCUCCCCAGAGUGCCGCCGUCCCUUCUGCAGCAUCAGCGCCUGAGGCUGCUACUGCGCAUGCCGGAGUGCCGCCGUCGCAGACAAAGUAAGAGCAAGGAGGGUGUACAAGAGGGAAAAGAGAGUCCCAAAACCGCUCUCAGUUGUUUGAUUACAGUCAUUGGCGCAUGGCAGGGCAUACGUUGGACGCUACAAGAAGUGGCAUGUGUAAAGAACUGUAUCAUAGAUGUCAAAAUAGCCUCGAGUAAUCUGACACCACCACCACACCUG